GUUCAAUGCGUUGAUUAGCAUUCGCUUCUAUUAAUUAAUAUGUCGUUAUUUAAUGAUGAUAAUUCGGACUCCGAAGCAGAAUUAAAGAUAAAUACGGAAUAUGCCAGCAUUUACGAUAACUUUCGUCAAAAAGAGGAAUUACAUAAACUAAAGGCAAAAUAUGGAGAGGAUGCUGCAGCUUCAGAUGAUGAAUCCAGCGACAGCAGUUCAUCAGAUGAUGAUGAAAACAUCCACAAUUCACAGUUUGAUAAGGAAUUCCUUAUAACUUUGGCUUGUUUGAAAAGUGAGGAUCCACGUAUUUAUGAUGAAAAAAUUAAAUUCUUUAGUGAUAUCACUAUACCUGAUAUAUCAGAAGAUACUGAAGCAAAUGAACAGGGAAAGAAGAAAUCAAAGAAAGAAAAAGCUCUUUUUUUACGUGAUUACGAACGUAAAAUCAUAAUGGAAAGAGAUGGACGUUUCAGUAGCAGUGAAGAUGAAGAUGACACAAGACAAAAAACUAAAUCUAAAAUGCCCACUUAUGUAGAGGAACAAGAACAAUUAAGAGAUAGUUUUAAACAUGUUCUAAAAGAUGAAAAUGAAGAUGAAGAUACUGAUCUUCUACAGAUAAAACAAAAGACAGAGGAUGAAAAAUAUAAGGAAGAAGAGUCAUAUAAGGAAUGGUUGAAAGGUCAAGAGGUGAAGAUAGAUCCCAAAGACGAGGAAGUGCUCAAACCAUUGCGUGAAUUUUGGUCAGAUCCUAAUUUGGAUGCAAAUGAAAAGUUUUUAAGAGAUUAUGUUCUAAACAAUAAGUAUAUGAAAAAUGAGUCUUAUACUACAGACUUAAAAUAUAAUGAGAUGAUUCAUGAUAGUGAUGAGAAUUUGUCAGAAGAUGAAAAAACUAUCCAGAAGCAAGAAGAAUUUGAACGCAAAUACAAUUUUAGAUUUGAAGAACCUGAUCAAGAAUUUAUCAAAAAAUAUCCACGAACAAUGGAAAAUUCAAUGCGAAAGAAAGAUACACGCAGAGCACAGAAAAGGGCAGAAGUUAGACAAAGAAAAGAGGAAGAAAAACAACGAAAAAAGGAGGAAUUAAAGCAAUUAAAAGCAUUGAAAAGAAAAGAAAUAGAAGAAAAGAUAGAAAAGUUAAAAGAAAUCACAGGAAAUAAUGAUAUGCAUUUCGAAAAUGUUGAUUUUGAUGCUGAUUUUGAUCCAAAUGAACAUGACAAGAAAAUGAAAGAACUUUUCAAUGAUGAAUAUUAUGCUGGUGGUGAAGAUGAAAAUCAAAAGCCAGAAUUUCCUGAGAUUGAUGAUGAAUUGGAUAUUGAGCCUACAUGGGACAAAUAUGACCCAACAACAGAUGAAAUUGAUAUGAAAGCUAUGUCAUAUGAAGAACCUCAUUGUGAAGAUCCAGAUUUUAAUAUGGAUGCUGAUUACGACGAAUCUCGAAAUUUGCAAUCCGAACUCAUUGAGAAUACGAAAAAAAGAAAACGAAGAAGGCGCUCUAAAUUCGCUGAACUUAUUGCAAAGAAGAAACCAAAAUUUGAUCCAAAACAAUAUUCUUCUUACAAAGAGUAUUUUGAUCAAUAUUACUCAUUGGAUUAUGAGGAUAUGAUUGGAGAUUUGCCUUGUAGAUUUAAAUAUAGAAAAGUCGUGCCAAAUGAUUAUGGAUUAAGUGUUGAAGAAAUUUUAAUGGCUGAUGAUAAAGAGUUAAACAAAUGGUGCCCUUUAAGAAGAGCUCUUAGAUAUAAAUCAGAACAUGUGGAAGAGAAUGAUGUUCGAAUGUAUAAACAAAAGGCUGCAAAUGAAGCAAAUAAACAAAAAAUUCUGAAAAGUUUGUAUAUCAAUCCAGAAGAAAAAGCUAAAGAAGAAAAAGAUAAAGCUGUCCUUGAGCAAAUUGAUACUAGCAGUAAGAAGCGCAAGCGAAAGAAGAAAAUUAAGAUUAAUAGUCCUAAUGUGAAAUUUAUUAAUACCGAUAAUAUUUCUAAGAAAAAAAUAAUGAAUAUUGCAGAAAACAAUGCAGAAAAUAAUUCUCAUGGUAAUAAAAAUGAUGAAAGGGAUGCACAAGAUAAAAAUGUAGUGAAUAAAAAUGAAAAACGAAAACGAGAAAACAAAUUAAGAGACGAUGAUAACAGACCAGAUGGUAAUAAACCUAAGAAAAUGAAGACAGAUAAAGCGGGAAGGGAAGAUUCUCGAAUAAAAACGGAUAACGUUAACAUUAAUAUAGAAAACAAUGGAAAGAUAGCAUCUCUCUCUGCCGAGAAAUCCACAAACGUUCGGAAGAAAAACAAGAAUAACAAUUCUCAAUUGAAUAAAGCGAAGAUCGGUAAACGCAAAUCAAAUAAUGAUGAUCCAAUGAUGUCCUUGGGAACAGAAAGAUUAAAAGCAUACGGAAUAAGCGCUAAGAAAUUUAAAAAUAAGUUGAAAUAUGACAAUAAAAAAUUGUGAACGUAAAUUUGUAUAUCUGUGUAUAUCUGUAGAUAUACGGUUUUAAAUUCUAUGUAGUAUAUAAUAGAGUAUAUAAUAUUUUUCCACUCUACUUAGUAUUUUUAAGUUUAUUUCUUUGUAUAUCUCUAAUUGCAUUGUAAAGUUACAGCAAAAGGAUGAAUAUGUCGAUUGUAUAUGUAAGUAGUUUGAUGGAAAGCAAAGAUAUAUAUGCAUACAAAUGCAAGAGUGGAAAGGGAACAACGGUCGGCGACUGCGCGCAUCCUGCGAGUAGGAGUGGUCUCUGGAAUUAAGGCGGAUCCGCUCUCAGAUGAUAAACGACAUUUGCGGAUUAUUAGGAUUGUAGACUGCUGUUUGUGUUUGCCUUUCCUCAAUUUCCAUCUCUAAUCCAGCCCGUAUGCUUCGGUCGGGAGAAAAAUGUACCCCAUUGAUCCGGCACGAUGUACAGAUUUCACUUACCGAGUAUUCGUAUCUUUUUUCUCGACUGCAUGAUUAUAAAGAGAUCGUAUAAUUAUAAUUUAAAAGAUUUUAAUUAUACACUGUAAUCGUUUUUAAAAAUCAUAAUGUUUGAAAUGAUAUAUGAAUCUCUCAGAAAUAUUCGCGCUGAUCAACUUUUUUAUAACUUUCUUAAUUCUAUCAGAAUAUUAAUCAUAUGCUCUAGUGCUAAGAUUAAAAAACUUGACAAAUUUGCAGGUUUAAAAUAUUUAUAUUCAAAUAUAAAAAUAUUUUCUUUUAUUAUGCAAUAUUUUACUUAUUUUAUAUAAUACUAAAGAAUAAGUAAAAAUCGAUUAUCAAAUUGAAGAAAAUGUAGCCGUGUGUAAUUUUAAAGGAAGAUCACUCGAGGAAAAGGAUGUGUAAUAACAAUAUCGUAUCGUCGAUAAUGUAUUCGAGAUGUCUCUUAAGAAUUUUAUUUAACAGAAGGGGACACAUUGGUUGGCAUCCAUUCGAACCGGCCCGCACUCAAACCCUCUUUCUCCCCUGGGCACAAUAAAUCAAUCCCUUUAGCUCGAGACGAGAGUACCGUGUAGUAGCAGGUGGCUCGUGACGGCUACCUACGUUCGCGCCCUUAAUUCCCAAUUAAUGUUAUCCUCGAUGUAAACGGCCUCUGUACAUCCCCCUUGUUCAGGAGAUCUAUACGUUCGAAUAUGUUUUCUAUAAAUAAUGUAUUGAAGGAAACACCGUGAGUUUCAUUAGAAUGUGACCGAUCGCGUUUUGUGAAGAAUUCUCUAAUAAUAUUUCAACUCCCUUUAUUUUACACAAAAAUAAAAUCGCGUGUACUUUUAA